GAUUUAAAUCAUUUCAACAUGAACUCUAUCUGGACAUCUCUUUUUGUAGCAAUUCUCGCUGUUUCCGUUAUUGCCCUCAACGAGAAUGAAAACAAUUAUCUGCAAGAGUUGCUCGAUGCUGGAAUUUCCCAGGAAACCGCUAACAAGCUUGUAGACAUCACAGCCAGCCACAACAACGAUGGAGAAAUUUCUGAGAAAUCAGGAAAAACUAUUUUCCAAGAAAUCAUUUCUGAGACUGAUGCAGCUAUCAAACAAGCACCAGCUAAUGAUCAGCAAGCCUACAAGGCCUUCGUUGAAAGCAAGGCAGCUGAAUUCGGUCAACCAGACGAGAUUUCCAUUCAAGUUGAAUCUGAUUCCGAAUAAUUUUCUAAAACUCAAGUAUCGUCUGUAUUACAAUCUAUGAUUGUUCGUAAUUUUUAUUUUUGAGUAAAGUGUUAUUCUUC